AGAUUUUCGGUACUUCCUGGACACGUCGCCGUAGCAGCCAGACAUCUGUUUACCUGAAGAGUAAAUUCGUAUUGAAUUAGAAAUGGAGACAUUAUACGGUGUACCUUUCGCAGUGUUGGAAUGUCCUAAUAUAAAACUCAAAAAGCCAUCAUGGCUGCACAUGCCGUCGGCUAUGACAGUCUACGCGAUCGUUAUUGUAUCGUACUUUCUCAUCACUGGAGGCAUCAUCUACGAUGUCAUUGUGGAACCACCUAGUGUGGGUUCAAUGACCGAUGAACAUGGGCACCAGCGGCCUGUUGCCUUUUUGGCAUACAGAGUGAAUGGCCAGUACAUCAUGGAAGGGUUGGCCUCCAGUUUCCUCUUCACCAUGGGAGGCUUGGGCUUCAUAAUCCUGGAUCGCUCGAAUGCCCCAAACAUCCCUAAACUCAACCGCUUCCUUCUGUUGUUCAUCGGUUUUGUCAGUGUCCUGCUCAGCUUCUUCAUGGCCAGAGUGUUCAUGAGAAUGAAACUGCCUGGGUACCUCAUGGGUUGAAGAUGGACACAACACAUUAUGAAGACAGAAUGGUGAAGGACUGCCAAAGAUUUAAGCUUCAGUUGAUUUAAGAUAGCCUAAAAUGUUAUGAUAAUACAGAUUUAAAUUGCAAAUAAAGAAUUGACAGUAACAUCUGUCCCUGGCAAUAAGCCUUUGACCAUGUUUGAGUGAUGUAUUAAAUGUCACAAUGUGCAUCUCAAUAGUCGAGGCUUCCUACCCUCGUCUCCUUUCCUUCCAAUAAAUGAUGCGAUGGAAUUCCUUUACAGGCUGUAUUGCUAACCUGUCUUCAGUUCAGUAAUGCAGAUGGCGAGAAUGUGGAGACAAAGCCACUAUAAGACCAUUGAGAUGCACCCAUUGGAAGGAGGGACACUUUCCUGAUUAAAUCUGAAUGAGCAGUAAAUUUGUGGGUGGUUGGGGUUAUUGAUAAGUAAUGUUUUGUAGACCAUUCUAUCUUCCUAAAUGCCUUCCAACAUGUCACUGUUGUGUGUAUUAGGAACUUAAAUAAAUGUUAUUUCCAGAAA